AUGCCGACUUCUUUCGGGAAGAGGGCGCGCACGCGCCAAAAAUACUCGAAGGGUUUCCGCAUGCAUGGGAUGCCGGCGGUGACGCGGUACCUGGUGACGUACAACAAGGGUGAUUUUGUGGACAUUGUGUGCGACCCCUCUAUCCAGAAGGGCAUGCCUUACUCGUUCUACCACGGGCGUACCGGAGUUGUCUUCAAUGUGACCCGCAGGGCCGUGGGAGUGGAGGUGAAGAAGGUCGUGGGUAACAGGCAGAUCGUGAAGCGGUUGCACGUGCGCAUUGAGCAUGUUCGCAAGAGCAGAUGCAACGAACUCUUCUUGAAGAGGGUCAAGGAGAACGACAAGGCUCACCACGACGCACACCUUCAGGGCAAGACCAUCAAGACGAAGAGAACCGUUAAGGGUCCCAGGGAUGGCGCGUUUGUUGACGGUGACAACGUUGAGGUUCUCGAGCCAGCGGCCUUCGAGGAGCUCUACUAA